CUAUCGGCGAUUCUCGAACAUUCUUGCGGCGACUUACAGUGUGCGUUUGAGGGUUUUUAGUGAAACGAUCUAUAUUUUUUUUAAAUCAUCAGAGAAACGAGCCGGGUAACCAUGGCAGACCAGGUUACUUUCCUGAAGGAGCAGGGCAAUAAGGCUCUGGCAGAGAACAAGUUUGAGGAAGCUGUCAAGUUUUACACAGAUGCAAUAAUCAUUGAUAGCAACAACCAUGUGCUGUAUUCCAAUCGUUCAGCUGCUUAUGCUAAAUUGCAGAAUUAUAAUUUGGCUCUGGCUGAUGGGGAGAAAACCAUAGAGAUUAAACCAGAUUGGCCCAAGGGAUACUCCCGCAAAGGACUGGCUCAAGUGUACCUGGAGAAAUAUGAUGAUGCCAUCAAGACUUACCAGGAUGGUUUGCGCGUUGACCCCGAUAACGUUACACUUAAGGAUGGUCUGAAGGAGGCCAUGGCCGGUAAAGCUCCACCACCGUUCCGCAACCCGUUUUCCGGUCCUGAGGUUAUGAACAAGUUACGGUCGGAUCCGCGAACGAAAGCACUGCUCGACGAUCCUGAAUACUUGAAGCUGCUGCAAGCACUUCAGACUAACCCACAGAUGAUGGGAACCAAUCUGCAGGAUCCCAGGAUGCUGACAACACUCUCAGUGUUGCUAGAUUUUCAGGAGCCCAUGGAUACUGAGCCAGGACCACCACCUGCACAAAGUGAGAUGAAAAAGGAGGAGGUACCAAAGUCAGAGCCAGAACCAGAGUUGCCUGAGGAUAAGAAGUUGGCUAAACAAGAGAAGGAAAAGGGCAAUGAAGCUUACAAAAAGAAAGACUUUGAGAAUGCUAUUAAACAUUACAAUCAGGCCAUUGAGCAUGACCCAACAGAUAUUACUUUCCACAACAAUCUGGCAGCUGUGUUCUUUGAGCAGAAGGAGUUUGAGAAGUGCAUUGAGCAAUGCGAGAAGGGCAUUGAAAUCGGACGCGAGAACAGGGCUGAUUUCAAGUUAAUAGCCAAGGCGUUCUUGCGGAUCGCCAACGCAUAUAAGAAACUGAAGAACUGGAAACAGGCUAAGGUCUACUACGAAAAGUCGAUGUCUGAGCACAGGACGCCAGAAAUCAAAACUCUGUUGUCAGAGAUUGAGAAGAUCAUUAAGGAGGAAGACAAGAAGGCAUACAUUGAUGAAGCAAAGUCCGAGGAGGAGAAGGAACUCGGCAACGAACUGUUCAAGAAGGGUGAUUACGCUGGAGCAGUGAAGCACUAUUCGGAAGCGAUUAAGAGGAAUCCGAUUGACGCUAAGAUUUACAGCAAUAGAGCUGCCUGCUACACAAAGUUGGCUGCUUUCGAUUUGGGUCUUAAGGAUUGCGACGAAUGCGUCCGUCUAGACCCCAAGUUCAUUAAGGGUUGGAUUCGUAAAGGUCAUAUAUUGCAAGGUAUGCAACAGUCGACGAAAGCGAUCGCCGCCUUCCAAAAGGCUUUGGCCUUAGAUGCGAAUAACGCGGAAGCGCUCCAAGGGUACAGGGCUUGCAGUUUGGAGAACGCCGGAGUCGGCAGUGAUCCAGAAAAGGUGCGACAGCGUGCUAUGGCAGAUCCUGAGGUGCAGGCCAUCCUCAGGGACCCAGCAAUGCGCAUCAUUCUCGACCAGAUGCAGAAUGAUCCGAGAGCGCUGCAGGAUCAUCUAAAGAACCCCGACGUCGCCGCUAAGAUCCAAAAGCUGCUGGAAUCCGGGUUGAUUGCCAUCCACUAAGCAUACUCGAAAUAAAAAAAACGAAAGAAAAAUGGUUCCGGUGAAGCGAAAAUGAGCGUUACGAAGAAAACCUUUCGCUAUUAUUAUAUAUUCUUUUGAUUUUUUUUUAUUAAUGUAAUAUUAGUUUUUACUGUAACCAGCGGCCAUUCCUGAUGCGCCUGAGAACACUACAUAUGCAGAGCAAGUUUACUAUUUCCAUAGCAUUUUAUUUGGAUGGCAGGAGGAAGGCGUUUUGUUCUUUGACUUUAUUUUAAGUUUUAAGUUACCAAAAUGAAUGAAAAAGAAAGAUGAACAAAAAA